AUGAUGCUUCUUUUGGCUGAAGGACCUUUGAGUGUACCACAGGAUUUAGACUUUAUAGCUGAGGUACUUGUUAUUCCCGAUAUUAUUGCUGAUGAACAGAACUUUUGGACGCCAGGCAGAGCCGUUGCCAUCACUUGUAUGAGUGUGGCCUUGUUGGCUGGCCUGGCGGUGGCUGCUUACCAGAGAUGCCGACGACUUGGAAAUUACAUUCACGAACUGGAAGAAGAAACUCAAGAAGAAAGAAACUUGAAGAAGGAGGAACGCCUGGACGAGAUGACCCAUGACAUCCAGUUGAUGGGAAUCCAGCGAGGACGUCUGGACGCCAAGAACAUGAUGCUGGAAGACGUUCUGGAAAAAAGUAAGAUCAAGGAAACUGAAAUGGAACGCCUCUUGAACGGAGCGAAGGAACAGCUCGAGUUUCUACAAAAUCAAAUUGUAGAGAAAGAUCGUCUGAUUGAACUGAACGGGCUGGAAAGAAAAGAAAUGGAAAGUCGACUGGAAGAAGAGGAGAAAUCUAGAGGCAGAGACAUCCAGAUUCUGGAAAAAGAGAGGAAUCUUUUCCAGGAGAAGAUGGAAAGCGCUCUGAAGGAAGGAACAGAGCUGGCCUCACGAUUAAAGGAAGCUGAAGCCACCAAUCGAGUGUUGGUUUCGGCGAACGAAGGCUUCAACAAGGCAAAUGACCAAAUGCGAGACACUCUGGAAAAGAAAGAGAAGGAGGUCGACCAGUUGGAAAAUUUGAAGGAAGCCUCUGCACAAGAAAUAGCCGGUCUGCAAAAGAGGAAUGACGAUCUCGAGAUGGAAAUCGAAAAGAAUCAGGAUGAAAAGAAGAAGAACAGGGUUUUGAACGACGAAGUUCAGCAAAUGAGAAACUGGGUUGCUGAACUAGGAGGUCUAAACGCUAUGCUGGAGGAGGAACUGGCCAGUAAAGAACUAGAAAUAAAUUCACUGAAGGCUUCUUUACAAAAUGAAGAAGCAGAGAAUAGAAUAUUGAAAGAGGAGGUUCAGCAGAUGAGAAACUGGGUCGCUGAACUGGGCGGUCAGAAUGCUAAAAUGGAGGAGGAACUGGCCAGUAACGAAAAGGAAAUCAAGUCACUAAAGGAUUCUUUAGAAAAUGGCGAAGCAGAAAAUAGUAUUUUGAACGAAGAGGUUCAGCAAAUGAGAAACUGGGUAGCUGAACUGGGCGGUCAGAAUGCUAAGCUGGAGGAGGAACUGGCCAGUAAAGAAAUAGAAAUAAAUUCACUAAAGGAUUCUUUACAAAAUGGAGAAGCAGAGAAUAUAAUUUUGAAAGAGGAAGUUCAGCAAAUGAGUAACUGGGUAGCUGAACUAGGCGGACAGAAGGCCAAGAUGGAGGAGGAACUGGCCGGUAACGACCAGGAAAUAAAUUCACUAGAGGAUUCUUUAGAGAAUGAAAAGAAGAGGAAUAGAAGUUUGAUUGAAGAAGUUCAGCAGAUGAAAAAUUGUGAAGCUGAACUAGGAGGCAAAAAGGCCAAGUUAGAAGAAGAGUUACUUCAUAAAGAACAGGAAAUAAUUUCACUGAGGAAUUCUUUAGAAAAUGGAGAAGAGACCAACAGAAUUCUGAGAGCAGAAGCUCAGCUGAUAAGAAACUUUGCAGUUGAAGUUGAAAGUGAAAAGGCUGAAAUAAAGAAAGAGUUAGUUGAGAGGGACCAGGAAAUAACUCUUUUGAAGAACUGUUUAGAAAAUGAAGGAGAGGAUAACAGAAUUUUGAAAGAGGAAUUUGAGCAGAUGAAGGCGCAGCUGGCCGAAUUGGAAGGCAUGAAUUUAGAUAUUAAAGGUGAAGUGACUCAAAAGGAUAAAAUGAUAAAGUCCAUGGAGAAUGCUCUAGAGAACGAGAAGGAGAGGAAUAAAGAGUUAAAGAAAAAGUUGCUGAAGCAAGUUGAAAGACUUGAUCAAAUCGUAGCAUUCGCCCAAACCAUGGACAAAUAA